AUGGAGAGGAGGGUCGGCGAUACCAAAGACUGGGAGUCUCCUCUCCGACCCAGACGGAUUCCGGCGUCCAGCUUCUCACUGGAGAGUGAGAUACCAGCAGAUGUCGAGAUCCUAAUGAAGGAGAUGCAGACGUAUCAGUCGGGAAUGCACGCGAUCCUCUUGCGGUUGGGAUAUGACCAGGGAAUGCAAGGUCUCACCAGCGACGAGGGGAUGGAGUGCCUUUUGGACGCUAUCCUUGUGCUGCAGGAUCACUUGCUCAAACGUCAUGAGGCGAUGAAGAAUGAGAACGAUCAGCUGGUCGCUGUGGUCCGAGCCCUCAAGAGCAGGAUCGUUGAGAUAGAGAGAAGCAUCUCCUCGGACAUGACUCCCUCAGGGAAGGGCAGAGCGGAGAUAGAGCCGCUAGCGACAGAGAGGCAGCAGAGCAGGGGCCUGACGGCACUGGCGACUCCGCGAGGAACCUCAACGAGAGGAGAUCGAAUCAACACGCCACGUGGGGACGCGCGAGCAUCGCAGGCGCUCGCAGAGCUCAGAGGACCCGCUCGUGUAGCGAGCACGUCCUGCCAGACCGAAGGAGGAGGAGCGGAUGAGCAUGACAAGCUCAAGGCUGUUCAUGAGGAGCUAAGGAGCAAGAACGAGCAAGUGAUGAGAUACUCGCAAUCCCUCGUGGACGAGAUCAAAGAGCUCAAGGCUGCACAGGAGGCAUGGAUGCGGGAGAAAAGCGCUCUGUUGGAGGCUGUCAGGCAACAGGAAGGGAAAGUGAAAACUCCGGGCUCGAGUGGAGGGAAACUCAUUGCAAGGAGGGUCUACGACGCCGUCCCAGAGCCUCCUGCUGUGAGCCUCCUCGGAGAGCAGAAGCUCGAAGAUCCUCGAGGCGAGGUCGCAGCUGGCUGGGAAACUCUCCUCCUCUCCCAUCGCCCGCAGUCAACCGCCAGGACCCGGAGGAACUGGUGGAAUAGGAAGAGGUUCUUGUGGGCUGGGACUGGAAAUCCUCAUGUGAAGGAGAAUGCCCAGCAGAUCCCAGGGACAGGGAGAGGGAGCGAUCCUUUCAAGGUCUCAGAGAACAAGCCCAGCUCGUCCCCCAGCAGCUUCUUCCUUGACUUCCGCAAGAGCGAGGAAGGAAGCGCUCUAAAGGCUGCGGGUCAGUCAAGCUUCGCCAUCGGAGCUCAAGUGGAGGAUGGAGUUCGAGUUUACCGUUGGUGA